UUCAUUGCGGCGCAAGUGUGCUAUGUAUGUGUAAAAGUACGGUGAAAUCCACACAGUCACGCUUCUUAGAAGCUGUUCUCGUGUUAUCAUUGAUACCCUUCGAUUAACGUAUAUACUUCACCUAUCUUUCGCAUUUGAAGAAAAUAAUGAAGGAAUACAUCGUCCAUCGAAUUAUGUUUGGGACGAAUAUCUAACCAGUCAACGUGUUGUAAACAAUAUUUAAAGUAACGAUGUCACCUUCGCUAUGUUAAACGGAACGCAUUUGUAAGAAUAUAUGAAACACAACGAAAAGUUGCCAUAAAUUGAAAUCGAUGUAUAAGGUACAAAUUUGAUUAUAUACUUACGGAAGAUAAGAGAAAUAAUGUUGUCAUUGAGUCUAAAUGUUACUACUACGAGAUCACGGUAGUUGGAGGAUGAAUGAACAGGUAGCAGUGACGGGACGAUUUCGAAGUUAAUUAAAAGAAAAUUACCACUGAAUCUCCAAUGGUUACUUAAAGUGGUUUAAGGAAAAUCUUCAAUGUUUAUCCUUAACACUAGUAAUGGAUGGAAGUAAUAACACUUUAGAAAAUAUACAAGAAGCAUUUUUAGCUUUAACUGAGAGCUUUAUAGAGAAAGGUGCUUCACUGUCAGAGCUCAAAUCAGCUAGUAUCAGAAGUAAUAUAGUACACAAGAGAUCUUCCAGUUUUUAUUAUUUAUGUUUAAAGAGAGUCUUCCUUGCCUUAUUUGUGCCAAUAUUUUGUAGUAUACUUUUUAAGUAUUUAAGUAUUGAUAUGGUAAAAAAUAUUCAAGAAACUAGGUGCUUGGUACCAAAUAAUUAUUUCAUAUGGGAAUUCACCAGGCCAAUAUCGAAUUGUGAUUAUUGCCAAGAUGUUACUACGGCCUUAAUUUUACCAAAUCUAACCAGAGAGGAAUUUAAGAAAUAUGCUUAUUCUUCUCGGCCUAUGGUAAUAAAAAAUGCAGCAACUCAUUGGCCUGCUUCAAAAGUAUUCAGUUGGAAAUUCUUCAGAGAUUUAUACGAGAGAACAGAGGGUGCUUAUGAGUCUGUAGAUGAAUGUCAAUUUUUACAUUUUAAAAGCAAUUUCACUAGUUUAAGGGAUGUCUUUGCCAUGAGCGAGGAUAGAGCCCUGCAACUUAGUAAAAAAGAUCCUUGGUAUGUUGGUUGGAAAAAUUGUCAUCUUCAAAUUUUGGAUACUAUGAAACAGUUUUACAAUCUACCUCAUUUUUUGCCAGAGGAUGCAGAGGUUCCAUAUACCAAUUAUGUUUUUUUGGGGUAUGAGGAAGGUGCCAUUAUGCAUCUGGACUACAUCUCUCGCCUCAUGUGGCAGGGACAAAUCUUGGGGAAUAAAAUAUGGACUGUUGCUCCGACUCCAGAAUGUGAUAAUAUUUGCAAGCAUUUUAAUUUCACCGUUUAUGCUGGAGACAUUGUUCUUUUAGAUACAAGAAUCUGGUAUCAUAGCACUUAUGUUAUAGAUAAAAGCUUUAGUUUAACAGUCACUUCUGAAUAUGGGUAA